AUGGCGGCGAUUUUGUUUACACUUGCGAGAGAGAAGAGUCUGAGACGUCAGAGAGUUUUCCGGGACCGGACUAACCCCUUAGAGGUCUUCUGCGACCGAGAACUGAUUUGCCGUUAUCGAUUCCCGAGGCGGACCAUCGUUGAUUUCAUUCAGCAGGUGGACAGAAGACUUUCACGACCUACUAACAGGUCUCAUCCUUUGCCUGUUUCAUCUAUGGUUUUGACAACUCUUCGAGUUCUGUCCAAAGGAGACUUUCAGUCUGAGGCUGCUGACAUACAUGGUAUUUCUCAACCCUCAUUCAGCAGAAUUUUUAUGGGAGUCGUUGAUGCCCUGAAUGCCAGCCUUGACAACAUCAUUUUUCUGAUGGGGCAAGAGGAAAUUCUUCGGACAAAGGAGGACUUUUUGAGGGUGGCAAACUUCCCCAAUGUAGUUGGUGCCAUUGAUGGAACUCUGAUUCCAAUCAUGGGAAUGACUGGAGACGAUGAGCAUGUUUUUGUGUGCAGGAAAGGGUUUCAUGCCAUAAACAUGCAGGGAAUCGUGACCUGA